CCCACCACAGCUGUUCAGUUUCUUUGCUCUUGAGACCACAUGCACCUGGUUUUCUGUGUUUCCGCCUACUUCCUGUUUUUGUCUCAUAGUGAACUCGGUUGUUUCCAUUCUUGAGCUCAGAUCACAUUUUGCUGAAGAACACAGGCAAAGCAUUGGCCUCAUGAUUUCCUACAUCUUGAAAGCUUUCUUUAGGCUUUUCUGUUCACAUUCUCAAGCAGACUUCUGUGUGGUGGCCCCAAAAGAAGAAAUAUGGAAUUGGCAAGAUUCCAUAGCCCAGCGAGAUGGGAAACACGGUCACUCUUCUUCCCUGCUGGCCUGUCAGAUGGUGGAAGAGUAUGUACUGAUUUCAGAGAUUUUUCCAAGCCUGCCUCUCCAGAAUGCUACAGAAGAGCUGUCAGGAGGUUUGACGGAGAAAAAACUCAUCCCAAGGAGCCUGAAGCUCAUUCUAGUAGGGAAAACAGGAAGUGGGAAAAGUGCAACAGGAAACACUAUUCUUGGCAGGGAAGUAUUUGAGUCUAAACUCAGUGCUAAGCCAGUGACCCUGGCCUUCCAGAGAGAAAGGCGAGAGUGGAGUGGGAGGGAACUUGAGGUGAUUGACACCCCAGAUAUUCUGUCCUCUAGGAUGCAGCCAGAAGUAGUUGAAGCAAGCUGUCAAAGCUUAGUCUCUUCCCCGGGGCCUUAUGCUGUGCUUCUGGUAACACAGGUGGGCCGCUUCACAGAACAGGAUCAGCAGGUUGUUAGGUGUCUUGAGAAGAUCUUUGGAAGGGGUGUCCUGGCUCACACUAUCCUGGUGUUCACCCGGAAGGAAGAUCUGGCUGGCGAGUCCUUGGAUAAAUAUGUGCGAGAGACCAGCAACCAGAGCCUUGCCCAGCUGGAUGAACUGUGCGAGCGGCGCCACUGUGGCUUCAACAACAAGGCGAAGGGGGUGGAGAAGGAAGCCCAAGUGCAGGACCUAAUGAAUCAGAUCGAGCGGAUCCAGUGGGAGAAUGAAGGUUGUGACAGCAACAGAGCUUACCAUUACUCUCAGCAGCAGGUUCUGUGCCAGGAAGCCUGGGAAACACAGAUGACUGAGCAAGGUUCUGAGGAGGUGCUCCACAAGGAGUCUUGGCUGGAAGGCCUGUCCCAAAUCCAGAAGGAAUCUGAGCUAAAAACACUUCCAGGGGAGGCUGCAUCCAUGCAUGUGAGCAGGAGAUGGCUCAGUUUCUACAAUCCCAUGUCCAGCCCUUAUUGAUAGCUUGUUCACACACCUAGCGAACCACCUAGGGCCCCAGAUCUGGGUGAUGUGGCAAAGGGAUGGGGCCCUAAAUCCAGGUGCCUACUCAUAUACCAGCUCUUCACUGCCUCUUCUGAGCUCUGGGCUCUCCUUUUGUACCCCAACAGCCUGAGGUCCUUAUAUGAGACCUUAUUUCUCCCUGGAAUCACAUUUCUUGGUGUUCGUAUCAAUGCUCAUGUAGAACCAAACCUUCCUGAGGACAAGUCUGGCACUUUCUCCAGUAACACCUGCAGCUGUCUGGGGAUCAGUAAGCCUGUGUCGAUGCAAGUUGGUGGGAGCCAUUGACCAGAUGGCUCCACAUCCCUUGGGCUUUAUUCUCACCCACAAAGGCGGCAGGUGUGAUGACUGUUAAAGUACUUGCUUGGAUAGUAGGCAUAACAUGGCAAUGAGAUAGACUAGGAAGGCCCAGAUCCCUGUCCAUAGAGUCCCUCCUUGAUGUGAACUAUUUUAGUAAGUUAUGUCCUCUAAGAUAACUAGGUUACGAUCACCAACUUUUUUCUAUGCUUGGUAGACUUCCUUGCAAUCUUGGCAUGUGCAGAAUAGUGGAUUCUUGCUGAAUUGGGAUGGCAGCAGUGAGCACCACUUUGGUGAGCUGAGACAGACUCAGUGUACAUGAAAGGAUCACUGUGUUAAGACCAAACGUUGGUGCCGGCACCCAAAGACAGGAUGUGUGCAGAAAUUGUGAGUCAUGUGCAACAGAUGCCAAAAGUACUGUGCAGCUCCUCUGCUGGAGUAUAAACUGGGUGUGAUACCUCCAUAGGGAGCCAGUCUGCAAACCCGCUGUGAACUGUCGCACUUGUGCUUGAGCAUAAGCCCUAAAUAAAGCCUCAUUUGGUCAGUA